AUGGCCACCCCGUCGCCGUCGGUCAGACAGCAAGAGCUGGAGCGUCGCUAUCUUGCCAACCAGGCCCGCCGCAACAACUCCAGCCCUACCCCCUCCGGCAGCAGCAACGCCAAUCCCAAGAGACCGACACACCAGCCGCAGCCGUCCAUCAGCGAUGACAAUUACCACGUGACAGAGGCGAUUGGUAGCUGGUACGGCCACGAGGAGUCGUCCGCAGGCAUGGCAGGCAUGGCAGGCACAGAAUAUCAGAAGCGGGACCCACGCCCGCUGAGCUACAUUGGCGGCCCUAGUGAGCGGGAGAGCUUCGAAGCCAAGCGGCAGCGACGACAUGGCACUCUGCUGGACUCCAACGCUGCCAGAUCACCCACUCCUCCCACCGGCCCGACAACACGCACACCGCUGGCCCAUACCCAGAGCAACGAGCGUGUGACCGCUCCUACCGAAGGCAACGGCAGCCCGCAUUCGCCCAAAUCACUGCAACGCAUGAGCUCGUUGGGCUCCGAGAACAUGAACGGAGCGUCUCCAACAUCUUCACCGCCCCUGAGCCGGCAGCCCUCCUCCGACGCAGCGGUGCAGCAGUUUCCGCUGAAUGAUAUCGAUUACGAAUCGAGCCCGGAAGCGGUCAAGCAGGAGAUCAGCAAUCUGAAUGCGCUGCGCCGCAUGUCCAUGAACAUCGAAGCAGUAGAUCCAGAUCUACCGACCUUCAGCAGCAUCCCAACUGUUGCGCCGAAGCAGUCAGAUAACGACGAUGAUCCUUCCAAGUUAUUCUGGGUGCCCGCACGGUUACAUCCCGAGUUGGCGCCCAAAGAGUUCAAGACAUUCAUCGAGGACAAGGUGGACAGGAUCAGGAGGAGAUCGGGCGGCGAGGAUAAUCUUUCCCCGGACGGCUUGGAAAGAUCUGGCUCUGGUAGCAGUCUACGGCGAAAGAAGAGCAUGCUUUCACACCAAAUCGAUACCAAGGGCAGUUACGAAGAUGGAGCCGAUCGUCUGGAGAGGAAGCGCUCGAGCGGCAUGACACUGGAAGGUCAGGCUACGGUUGAAAACUUGUCAGAUCUGGAGGCAUUGGUGAACGAUCCGUCGCAGCUCAUACGUCGCAUGAGCUUAGACACUCAAAGGCGGUCUUUGGAUUCAGGCGCUGCGGGAGCGGACGCCGACAUGCCCAUACUGCCUCCUGCCACCGGUUCUUUGAAGAGGUCCACUCGGACACAGUACCGGCGAGGCAGUCUAAAGAAAGGCGAGCGGGUACCAUUUUCCAAGCGUACGGUACAGCGGCAUGCCGAGUCAGAUAGCGAGGAAAACCCAAUGAAGUCUCCAGUUGAGCCUCCAGUUUUAGGUUUGACGAGGAUACAGACCGAGCCGACACCUCCAAGUGAAGCGCGAGAGGACUACUCAAGAUCAUCUGCAAGCAGAUCGCAUCGACUGGGGCAAUCUCACUCUUCGGAAGACCUCUCUGCGGAGCAAGAACGGAGAGAAACAGUCUCACCACCACCUGCAACGAGGGACGAACAACGAGAAGAGGAUUACUAUGACGAUCGACCCCAGUCACAUGCGCAGGGCGCCUCGCGGCAACCUGCACAGUUUCAAUCACGGAUUGCUUCGUCUGGCCGGACGACAGCCCAGUUGCCUGGGUACAAUAACACGAAUCCGCUACCGAACAUUAUCGAAACUCUCCCCGACGGCACAAAAGUGCCCGUGGGAAAUCUGGCUCAAAACAUCCCCGAGCGCAAGUCAUCACACGAAGUUCCUCGCCAAUUCCAACGAGGUGGAGCACACAUGCGACCGGUUCCCGGACGAGAAAAGCAAUCCUCACUCGAUGACAUAUCCUCACAUCCUUCGCCUCUGCCUGGAAGUAGUAACACUCGGACGGACGCGUUGACUCUCGUGCCUACAUUCGACGAAAAGAAGUCUGAGAAGAAAGAUCCUCCACGAAAGAGCAGUUGGAAGUGGAUCCUGGGCAGCGACGACAACGAUAAGGAGAAGAAGUCGAAAGAUGAUGCCAAUGCCGAAUCAUCUUCCUCCAAAUCUAAGGGGGGUAAAACAGCCAAAGGAUCCACGGACAAAGCUCGGCUGGAUGUGUUGCAGAAUUCCAUCGAUGGCACUGUGCCUGCGAGAGGAAGAGAAAGCCUGGUAUUGAAUCGCGAAGACAUCAAAUUGGAGGAUGAGCGCCGAAAGGACAGCAAAAAGGCUGCAGAACCCAAAAAGGAGAAGGACGGACUCCUCUCGACGCUCUUCGGUGGCAAGAAGAAGACUUCGGACAGCGAUCUCAAGGAGAAGAAGCGAAAAGCCGAUCGCAACAGCGGCCUUUCGGCCGAAGUGGCACCGAGGAUAUUGAAGCCUGACAUUGACUACAACUGGACGCGAUUCAGCAUUCUGGAAGAACGGGCCAUCUACCGAAUGGCUCACAUCAAACUCGCGAACCCGCGACGAGCAUUGUACAGCCAGGUCCUGUUGUCGAACUUUAUGUAUUCCUAUCUUGCAAAGGUGCAGAUGAUGCAUCCUCAGAUCCAGAUACCCGCUGCGCAGAGAGCGGCGCAGCAGAAGCAGCAACAGCAGCAGCAGGAACAGCAAAGCCAGCAGCCGCCAGAGUACAAUCAGUACCAGAGGUGGCAAGAGGUGAGCAAGAAGCGCGUUGGAAUGGAGUGGGGCGCAACUAAUGGGUUGAACAGCAACAAGCACGAGAACAAGCUGCUCAAGAGGCCGCCUCGGGCGCUGGUCGCACGAGCUUUGACAUGGUCCAUGGCGGGGAUUCGGGUAACGAACUGGAGCGGGGGAGUGCUCAGGAUUACGGCCGACAAUCACACGCAUCAUCACGAGGGGGUGCUGAACAGCAGCAGCAGCAGCAGCAACAAGGACAAUACGAUGGCGGGGAUCAGCAGCGAGACUCGGGGUACAGUGUUGCCAGUACGCACGAUUACCUGGGAUACUCUAAUCAGCAGGGUCUGUGGGAGAACGGGGAACGGAGCGAAGAAUUGUGGUGA